GUAUACAAUGUUCAUAGUGGUAUACAAACAAAAUAAGGACAGUUCAGGUAUACGAACAAUAUACUGUACAUAGAUAGUGCAAGUAUACAAACAAUGUGCAUAGUCAGGACAGGGUAUACAAACAAUGUACAGUAGUACAGUACAUAAACAAUGCAAGCCACGAACAAUGGUAAACAUUAACGGCCAUAUUAUUAAACAACAUCUUCCCUUGAAGAAUAUCUUCAUAUCGAAAGCAGUAUUUUUAAAUGCGAAGAACCUUUUAGUGCAGCGCACGAAAGAGUGUGGUGGCAUGAAAACGAACUAAUUUCACCUAACUUUGAAGAGGUGGCUAUGAGCUACUUUUCGUCACCCUCUUCAUAAUUAUUUUGUUAGUUUUAUUGAAUAUUUCUUGUCAAUACGAUUAACGUACAAAGAAACACGUAUUAGUAAUUUUACAAAUGUUUUUUUUACAUUAUUGGUUUUACGGCGCAUAUUAUGACAGUCCAAAAGCUGUGUCCCGUCCUAAUACGACUUUCGUAAAAGCUGUGCUGCCUGUCAAUUGUUAUUGCCAAAGGCUAGCUGCUGUAGUCAUCCCAUCUUACUAACGCUAGUAUUAAUCUGGUUGAAUUGGCAAAAGGAUAUUUUUAGAAAAAUGAAUCGGGGAAAUCGGAUCUGGAAUUUUUGGAAUAAGUUUGGAAACCAAGAUGGACAAGCGGCACUGGCAAGGUUGGAGGAAAUGCAGACAACGACACGGAAGACGACUCCGCAGAAUUGUAGGUGACCGCAUGAACCCAUUCACAGCAAUGAGCAAUGCUGAAUUUGUUGACCGAUUUAGGCUAAGAAAGGAAUCGGUUAACAGUAUCAUCCAAAAAAGUCAGGAACAACUUCCUGUUGCCAAUGAUAGGAGAGGUUGUCCUGUUCCUCCAAACCUACAAGUUCUAAUAGCAAUACGUUGCAUGGCGACUGGAAGCCACCAAAUAGCAAUUGGAGACUGCUAUUAUGUGUCUCAAACCUGUGUCAGUCUGUAUCUUGCAAGUGUUUCGAGGGCAAUAGCCAGCCUUAGUGAACAGUUUAUAAAAUUUCCUGCUGGCAAUAAUUUAUUCAAAACAGUACAGGCCUUUUAUAAUAUUGCUAGAAUGCCAGGAGUUAUAGGGUCCAUAGAUUGUACUCAUGUAGCAAUUUUAAGGCCAACAUGCAACAACCCUGAAGUCUUUCAAUGUAGGAAGGGGUUCUUUCCAAUUAAUGUUCAGGCUGUCUGUGGACCAGCCUUAUUAUUUUGUAAUCUUGUUUCUCGUUGGCCUGGUAGUGUACAUGACAGCAGGAUUUUUGAAAAUAGUAUAAUUUGUGCCACACUCGAAGAAGUCUUGAUGCCUGGACAUCUCCUUGGUGACAGUGGUUAUCCCUGCAGGAAGUAUUUGUUGACUCCAGUAUUAAAUCCUCGUGAUCAACAGGAGGAGACCUACAACAGAAGUCACAUAACAACAAGAAAUACCAUUCAAAGAGCUUUUGGGGUUCUUAAGAGGCGGUUUGCCUAUUUAGGAUCAACUAUUAGGACAAAGCUCAACACCACCAAAGCUAUAAUUGUUUCAUCAUGUGUGCUCCACAAUAUAGCCAUAAUGACUAGGGUCUUAUUACCAGAAGAGGUAGAAGAAGAAAUGGAUGAUUUGCAUAUAAACCCAAAUAUAGGUCAAAUAAAUAUGCAAGGCAGGAUUAAAGGCAACAAGUCAUCAGAGACCACUUUUGAAUGUUGUUUAUACAGUGAAUUACUUUUAGUUGUCCAUCCUUUUAACUGGACAAGGAGGGUGAUUUAUGUACAUUAAGGUCUCAGCAGUCCAGAGGUAUAGUAAUGCCUCUAUGUAAUACUGUAUAGAGCUACAGUACAAGGUUUUGGCUGUUUGCAAUACCUGUAGUUACAUUCAUGAUAUAAAGACAGGAGUUGAUUUUUUAAUGUGUUAUCUAUAUACUGUAUAUGUUAAGGUCCAUAUGGAGUUACUGUAUUUAUAUACAGUUCUUUAUUCUAUUAUGUUCUUAUGUAAUUUGCAAUAAGUGUAAAAAACUCACAGUUCAAUAGACUUUCAAAAUGCAUAUACUAAAAAUUCAUACUUGUCAAAACUGAUGGCAUUUGUAAUAUUUUUAGGAAACAAAUAUUUUUCUCUGUAAAUUUUAUUUAUUUUGUACAUAUCACACUUUUGUUAAUUCAAACAAUACUGUAUUUAUAAUCAGGAUUCUGCAACAAUGUCAGAAUGUAAAUUAGUAUAUAGUGAAUUAAAAUAAAAUAAAAAAGGAAAUUUGACAUUACAAAGUCAUUACUAACCUAUAUAUUCAGUCAAUUACUGCUAUACAGAUCAAAAAGUUGGUAACCAACUGGGUGGGAAUAAAUAUUAAUGCAACAUAAAAUUAAGUUUCAAAUGAUACAAUACCAAAGAAUUUGUUGUUACCAAGACUCGCAUGAAAUUCGACUGAAUAUCAUUCGCAAUUUUUAUUAAAUCAGAACCACAUUAAUUAAAGCUAUUUCCACCAAUUCCUUGGUGUGAGCGGGCUUUGAUUAAUACAGUACUCUGACAUUUUCUAUUUUCACAAUUUUCUGAUGAAAUAUCCCAUUAGUUUUGUUGUUUUAAUAAAUCAUGGUACAGUAGUUAGGUAGCAAAUCCCAGAAGUUAUGUAUUAUGUACGCAAAGUUUA